AUGGUACACCAGAAGACGAUCCAUCUGCUCUUCGCGACCAAUGCCGGCAUCUUUCUGCUCUACCUCCCCCUCCGAUUAUGGGAGCUGCACAACUCUCGCCACAGAUAUCUCCUGGGCUCGCAGGCCUGGCUUCAGUUGCGUCGGGGCUGCAGGCCCUCCGACCCCGCCACGGUGUACCUCCUCGCAUCGGUGCUAUGCGACUCGGUUGCUCUGACGGCGCCAUCUGCAGCCUGGCGCCCCCGGCCAGCGCGGUGCUUGCUGCAUGCUGCGCUGCUGUUCCUAGAGUGCUUCACUCCGCGCGCCAAACCACACGGUGUGCCGUGGAGUGGGCAGUCCCCAGAAGACAACAGUGGCAUAUUGGACAAGCUCUUCUUCGCUUGGAUAAUCCCCAUUUUGCUGCGCGGCUACAAGAGCCUGCUCCUCAGCCAAGACUUGCCACCCCUCAGCGCCGAGUUGAGCGCGAAACUCGCCAGAGAGGCCAUGCUUGAGUCAUGGAACCGGCGAGCGAGACCUGAGACAAGGAUGGCAUUGCCCCUAACUUUGUUGAGAUCCAUUCGACGGCUCUUUGUUGCUCCCGUGAUGCCUCGGCUCUUCUUGAUACUUUUCCGGUAUUCUCAACCGGCUCUGAUCCGAAAAUCCAUUCAAUUUGUCUCUGAGACGUCACUUGCGGGUUCGGAGAUGCGUGGCUAUUGGCUUGUUUGUUCUGCGGUGACAAUCUAUCUCGGCCUUGCUGUUUCGACUGCAGCAUACCAGCACCGGUUGAAUAAGCUCAAGGUGGUGGCGAAAAGUGCGCUUGUGGGUAUCAUUCACGACAAGGCGAUCUCUUUGCCCAGCACGGCACAUGAUAACUACGAAGUGCUUACGCUUAUGAGCACUGAUGCCGAGGGACUUGGUGGAGUGCCCGAAAUGUUCUAUGAAACGUGGGCCCAAACCAUGGAGGUGGCCAUUGGCAUUGUCCUGUUGUCCCGCCAGGUCGGCUGGAUUUGGCCUCUUCCUCUAAUACUCAUAUUCCUGUGCUCCCGCGUGAGCCGGUACGUGGCCAAGCACUUGCAGCCUGGCCAGAAAGCAUGGAACACGGCAACCGAACACCGCGUAGCAGCAACAAGUUCGAUGCUCAGCUCCAUCAAAGCCAUCAAAAUGUUAGGACUGCAGCGUUGCAUGGCCAACUGCACACGCCUACUAAGGGAACAGGAACUGAAAACGGCAUCAAAGGUUAGGUGGAUCAUGGUGUAUUACAACGCAAGCGCCAAUGCACUAGGCAUAUUCUCGCCCGCAAUCACCCUCAUGCUCUUCGCCGUCGCUGCCGCUCGGCGUGGGCGCGCGUUGAACGCCGAGACGGCGUUUACCACCAUGGCCAUUCUGAGCAUGGUGACCCAUCCUGCCAACAUGGUCAUGACCAUUGUUCCGCGAGCAGUUGCCGCAUUCGCCGGUUUUGAGAGGAUCCAAGCUUAUCUGCUCAGGCCACCGUUGCUCGACGAGCGGCGAAUCCUACCGGGAGUGGCGGGAAGGGCUGGCUUGGCCAUCAACAUCCGGGAUGUCUCACUCGGCGAGCGCCAGCCCGUACUCCGAGAUGUGAGCAUCAGAGUGGAGUACGGGUCGUUGGUCAUCGUCUCGGGCCCGGUCGGGUCAGGCAAGUCAACACUCCUGCGAGCGAUCCUGGGCGAGAUUCGUCCCACCCAAGGUUCCAUCCAACUGGCAUCCCGACAAGUGGCGUACUGUGCCCAAAAGCCGUGGCUCCCCAAUGGCAGCAUCAAACAGGCUAUCCGUGGAAUGGCCGAUGGACAAGGUGAUGCCCGAUGGUAUCAGCGGGUCAUUGAAGCCUGCUGUCUCAGUCACGACCUCGACUUGCUUCCCGAGGGCGAUGAGACACAGAUCGGAAGUGGCGGCCUCAACCUGUCCGGUGGGCAGAGGCAGAGAGUAGCACUGGCGCGCGCACUGUUCGCCAGGUGCGAUAUUGCACUGUUGGAUGACGCGUUUAGUGCGCUUGACGGAGAAACCGAGACAACAAUUUUUCGAAACUUGUUUGGGCCGACAGGACUUUUCCGUGAGCUCAACACAGCUGUAGUCUUGGUCACGAAUUCCACGCAAUUCUUUCCGGCUGCCGAUCUUAACAUAAUUCUCGAUGGUGGCGGCAUCAAAGCCCAAGGCAGCUGGGAAGCUAUCAAGCACCAGGCCUCUUCCUCGAUAUCCAAGUUCAGUCUGCAACGUCCAACUGACGAUGUCGUCUCUCCCGCCUCGCCGCCGACCUUUGCAAAGCUGAAUGCUCAGCUUCAGAUCAAGCAGGAAGCGCAGGCUGAUCUUGCUAGGAGGACGGGGGAUAUGGGACUCUACCGCUACUACUUCCGUUUUGUUGGCCUGUUCAACCUUGCUCUCCUCAGCGUCUGUACCCUGUCUUACUCGGUUUUUAUCACCUUUCCGCAGCACUGGCUCAAGCUGUGGACUGAAUCGAGCGGUCAGAGCCAAGUCUUUUAUGUCUGCGGUUUCUUGUUCUUGUCGCUGGUUUCGUGGACUUCGACCAACGGAACAAUGUGGUCAACGGUAAUCCGUAUUGCGCCUCACUCAGGGCUGAGGAUACAUCACCACCUCCUCAACAUUGUUGUGAAUGCCCCUCUAUCAUUCUUUUCCGAGAAUGACAACGGCUCCAUCCUCAACAGGUUCACUCAAGACAUACAGCUCAUCGACAAGCAGAUUCCUUCUGCGCUCGCCAAUCUAGGAAACCAAAUUUUCAAAUUGCUGAUGCAAGUCAUUUUGCUGUGUAUGGCACAACAUCGGCUUGCCUUAUCUCUCCCCCCCUGUGCAGGACUGGUCUACUUCAUCCAACAAGUCUAUUUGAGGACAUCACGACAGCUUCGCUUUCUGGAAUUAGAGUCUCAUGCAGCAGUAUUCUCGAGCUUUCUCGAAUCUGUCGAAGGUCUGGAAACCAUACGAGCCUUCGGUUGGCUCGGCGAAGCCACCGAUUUGGCCGCCACGCGACUCGAAGAUUCACAGCGUCCUGAGUUCCUUCUCAUGUGUCUCCAACGAUGGCUGAAUCUCGUCCUGGACAUCAUCGCUGCAGCAGUGGCGAUAGGCAUGAUUGCAAUAGCUGUCACCUUCCGGGGUCAAAUCAGCGGCGGACAGGUUGGAGUGGCGCUCAACAUUAUGCUUGUGGCAAAUACGACCUUGCUGCGGCUGGUCGAAUCGUGGACAAAUCUGGAGGUGUGUCUAGGUGCGGUUGCCCGCUUGCGAGCGCUUGAAACGGUCACUCCGUCCGAAUCAGACAAGAAUGCUACCACCUUCGCGGCCCCGAGGGGGUGGCCGACUCAUGGACGAGUUGAGUUUAGAGCCGUCACUGCAGCCUAUCAUGACGAAGCCGUUGCUUUGCGGCACCUGAGCUUGACAAUCAACGGAGGCCAGAAAAUCGUGAUUUGCGGUAGAACUGGCAGUGGCAAGAGUUCGCUCCUCCUGGCACUCCUCAGGAUGCUAGAGCUGCAAGCAGGUUGCAUUAGACUAGACGGCAUCGACAUCAGCACCAUCCCCCUGGAGUUCCUGCGGCAGCGGUGUUUCGUGACCGUGUCGCAGGACGGAUUCCUGGUCUCGAACGCAUCAAUCCGCUUCAACCUUGACCCAGAAGGCUGGCUUGGCGACGAUCAAAUCAUUACUAACAUCUUGAAGAGGGUUGGCCUGUGGUCACACUUCUCCCUUGCGGGGCAGAACCUUAAGGAGCGCGGGGGUGAUGGACACGCAAUCCUAGACCAGAAGUUGUCGGCCUUUCCAGCGUUCUCAGCCGGCCAAGCCCAGAUCUUCACUCUUUGUCGGGGCAUCAUCAAGGCUGAGGCUCUGCGAGCCCACGGCGCGCGGCCUGUCGUGCUUCUCGACGAGGUCACGUCGGCGCUGGAUACUAGCACUGAAUUGGCCGUCCACAGGAUCGUCGACAGCGAGUUUUCUGCAAAGGGGCACACAGUCAUCACGAUUUCACACCGUCUGGGGCAGCUAUCUCAGUUUUCCGGUCCAAGGAGGGAUGCUGUUUUUACGAUGAGAGAUGGCAGGUUGGCCGGUGCCCUGAGUACUUUGGAAGGGACGGUCGACGGGGAGGGUGCGGGAGGAGAAUAG